UCAAUAUUUUAAUGUUACCAGCAUGCUACAGAGGCUCUGAAAAUAUUUGAUCUUCAUGCUUUGACCUGGGACUUGCCAUAUACAUGAAGUUGUAUACAGAGCUGAGACCAGCCCGGCGAGUGGAGUGGAGUGGAGUGGAGUGUGUAUUACAACUAUGAUGACCCCCGGGCACCUAUGGCUUCUACUGUCCGCUGUUGCUGGAAUAAGUCACGCCCUAAUAUGCACUUAUGAUUCGAUCUUUGAUAACCAUACGAAUUCGAAUAUUAGCUGUCCAUCUGACAAUUAUUGUUCCAGUACAGUCUUAGAAUUCUUCUCAGUUGUCGAAUCAGAUUAUUAUUACCUCACUGAACGUACCUGUGUGCAACGAGACUGGUGUCACUUUGAUGGGAGUUUCACUGCGGAGCGGCAAAAAGCAAGGAUAGCCAUCAGCUGUUGUGACACCAACUACUGUACUCCUACAAUGCCUAGUGCAAGCAAAAUAAGUCCACCUCCACUCAAUGGUGCGACGUGCCCAACAUGUCAUGAUUUUAACAAAACCACCUGUGACAAGGGAGACUUCAUGUUCUGCAGAGGCAAUGAGACGAGAUGUUCAACUGAAAUAACCAAUAAUACAGCUGUCUACACCCGUCGAGGAUGUGCCACUGACAGUUUUUGUAACUUUUCUACAAAUAUUUACUUUAACAGUUUCAUAUUCAAUGCAACAUCAUAUAUGUGUGACCCCGUUAAAAACAGAAGUCCCCCUCUACACAAUGAUUUUACCAUCGUUUUCACUUUGGCAAUCGUUCAUAUUCUUUUUCAUGUCUUUUGGGUUUAGGAAAGUCAAGUUUAUUUCAUGAAUCAUUCCAUAGUGGAUUUGUUUAUUUCUGUUUAAAGCCUGGCAGUAUUUUAUGUUGUUAUUAAUAUUUACCUUUUUGGAAGUCUCCAGGCCUUUUCCUCUUUGCCUUUUUUUCUAUAUUUUGCUGUUCUUAAUGGUGUAAAGACAGGUGUAAAUCAGUGCCACUCUGCACCAGAAAACUGUGAAUAAUGACCCCUGUAAUGAUGUCUCCUCAGGGGCAGGGCUAUGAUGCACUUAUAACAUGUUAUCCCACUGAGGACAUCUUAUGGUGGAGAAGAGGUACUGCAGGGGACAAGAGAGUAACCACUUAAAGUGGUGUUCCACCCAAAAAAAUAAAAACAUUUACACUAGCAGCUACAGAUACUUACCUGU